GAAGGAAUGGAGUAAGCAAUGAGCUGCUAGAAGAGAAUCCUGUGAGACUGCAGUCCUAGUUAACAAUGAAGACGCAGACAGUGGGGUGGCUGAUAUUUCUGGCAAUAAUAAAAGGUUUCCAUUUUAGCAAAGCGAGCUCUUCUAUCCCCUUCAUACAUCAGGAACGCUCCCUGACAGCGAAAGAGGGGUCCUGCAUUGAGCUCAAGUGCAAGGUCAUUCAGGAUGUCACUGGUUCUGGUGCACGCUGGUUUUGGCUAAAGAAUCCAAAAUACAGUGAUGAGAAAAGAGACUAUAAUGGCAUUGUAGUUUACAGCUCAGGACAACAAAGCCCCCCUGUAGAUCCGUUCUAUGAACACAGAGUAAGUUAUAAAGGUUCUCCAACAAAGAGUUGGGAGUAUGCCUCAAAGCAGACAACACUGUGCAGCAUUUUAAUCUGCAACCUGAACAAGUCUGACAGUGGAAACUACUCUGUCAGAUAUGAUGGAGGCACUGGUUCUAGGAAAUGGUUGACUAAAGCUGAUGUUGCCUUAAAAGUGACAGACAAUCUAUGUCCGAUCACUUUUGUAAAACCAGGGGUUGUAAAAGAAAACAACACAAUCUCACUUACAUGCUCCACUGUAAGUACAUGUAACUCAAACCUUAAAAUUGAAGGCCUGGCAGAGGAGCACGUCACACAACUUCCACAGAGAAGCAUCUCUGCCAGUUUCCAAGCGACCUGGCAGGACGAUGGAAGAGUGAUUUCAUGUCAAACGCUCGAUAACAAAGAUCCAUAUCUGAUUAAGAACGUCACUCUGACUGUUGAAUAUCCUCCAAGGGACAUAAGGGCAACAACAACUCCUACAGACAGCAGCAUGAUCAAGGAAGGACGAUCUGUUACUUUCACUUGCUCUGCAAAAGGACAACCUGAACCCACCUUUACCUGGUCAAAAAAUGGUGGGUGGGAGCAGUCAGGAGCAGAAUGGAAGUUAUCGUCCAUACAGGCCUCAGACAGUGGAGUGUACACCUGUAAAGCUCAAAACAAACACAGCAGUCUGUCAGCAUCUGUCAGCAUUAAUGUCACAUAUGCCCCCAUGGUUCAGGUGACAACCUCAUCUUCAUCCUACACUGUUACACAAAAUCAGAGGAUAACUUUAACAUGUAAAGUCAUAAAAAGCAAUCCAACCCCUCAUACCUAUAAAUGGUUCAAAAAUGGUAAAUUUAAAAGUACAGGUAAGACAUAUGUUAUUGAUAGAGCCACACAUGAGGACAAAGGCAACUACACAUGUAGAGCUAAUAACGGAGUGGACUGGGGAACAUCAGAGCAACGCUACAUUGCAGUAAGAUAUACCCCAAGGGCCACACGUAUUUCCAUCAAUGAAAAAAACAAAGUAAGAGUUGAUACCUCUAUCACAUUCACCUGCACCGCUGAUGCCAAUCCUCAGCCUACACGCUACUCCUGGUAUCGGUACAGUGAAGUCAUACAGGUUGUUUCAUCACAGUGGAAGCCCCUUAUGUAUGACAGGAACUUCCUCACACUAGAGCACGUGCAAAGAACAGAUGAGGCUUGCUAUAUGUGUAAUGCCACCAACGACAUCGGAACAGGAGACAACAGUGAUCCUCUGUGCAUUACAGUUCUCUAUCCUCCAACUAAACCAACACUGACUAUGGAUAGCCUGGUAAAGGAAGGUCAGCACACCACCAUCUACUGCAGCGUGGAAAGCUCCCCACCGUCUAAGCUCACCUUGACCAGGACCACUGCAUCAAAUUCUGAUUCUCAAGAAUUAGUUUUUACUCAUCCCAGUACUCAACAGCCCAAUAAUCUUCAAUACACAUUUAAUGUAAGUUCAGCCAACAGAGGCUUCUACACCUGCAACACCAACAACGACAUCGGUUCAAGCAAAAGUGAUUCCAAAGAGAUGGUGGUGAAAUACUCACCCAAAGACGUGAAAGUCCAGGCUGAUCCUAGCGUUACUAUUGAUGAAUACACGCAGCUGACCCUGUGCUGCAGUGCCAACUCCUACCCACCAACAAUGUCUUUCACCUGGGUGAAGACUAAAGAUGGGAAGAGUGAAACCGUCGGGAAGACUCAGACCUUCACUGUACGGUCUGUGAGCCCCUCUGAUAGAGGAUCUUACAGCUGUGCUGCCAGUAAUGAGAUGGGUACUGGAAAAUCACAGGAGGCUGAAAUCAAAGUCAGGUAUGCUCCAAAACACACAAAGAUCACAAAAGGAGAAGAACAGCUGCAUUCUGAUGGGAGGAAGUCGCUGACGCUGAGCUGCAGCAGUGACGGCAACCCUGCACCACAUUAUUCAUGGCACAAGAAGACCGACAAUACAGACCCUAAGGGAACGGACCAAAAAGUGUCUAACCAUCAGAUCUACACGGUGUUCUCAGACCGGCCCGGGGUCUACUACUGCAUCGCACAAAACUAUUUAAAUCAAACGUCUUCUGAGCCCAUCCCAGUGUUUGCUGACCGAAGCUUAAUGACGAUCUUGAUCAUCAUUUUCCUUGUGAUCAUGCUCCUUACUCUUCUUGUUUUCUUUGUCUACAGGCACAAACGGAACAAAGCCGCCCGGCGAAGACCCUCAAGAAAUCAAUCCUUCCUUGGUUCUCUGGCUUGGUGGACUGGCACCAGAAGGAGUCGUUUGACAAAUGAACAGCCUUUCAGGAGCAGAGACGACCUCUUGCCAGACCAGCCGUGCCACUCAAGACAGCAGCCUCGUCGAGACAGCACACCGGCACCCAACAUCAAUUCGGUUUACUGCACUGUGACUCAUUCUGCCAAAGCACAGGCUCCGUCUAGAGAGAUGCCAAUCAAACACAAAGCUGGAUCCACACAGGAUGAAUCUCUGAACUAUGCCUCUAUACACUUUGGAAUGAAGCAGAAAAACAAACAAGCAAAAGGAGAAACUGAAACUGAUGUUGUUUAUGCUAUGGUGUCCAAGAAAAAGCCACCUAAAAAGACUGAGCAAGAAAAUUUUGAAGACUAUGAGAAUAUAAGCAAAGCACCUGCAGCAAAAUCUCCAAAUCCGGUCGACGACUCAGACACCAGUGAGGACGAAGUGGAGCUUAAUUAUACUCAAGUGAAUUUCAAGGCAAAGCCUGGACAUCAGCGAGCACGCAGAGGCUCCAGCAGCUCUGAAGAUGAGAUCGAGUACUCUGAUGUCAAAAUCUAAUUCUUCUUAUUGUACCUUACUGGUACAAAUCCUUAUAUCAUUGCCAUAAAAAAUCCUUAAUAAUCAUUGACUUUGUUUCUUAAAUGAGGCUUCAUCGCUGUGCUAUAAAUAAUUUGCUGUUUAAAUAUUAUUAUUAAAUGUGAUUUUUUUGUUUUUAUGUUGAAAACUGAAGAAAGAAUCUGAUGCAAAUAGUUCAGAGCCAGUUUAAUCUGUUUUAUCAAACUCAAUUUAUUGAAGUUUUUGUGCCGACAUGGCUGUAAUGUGCAGCUCUUGCUUGACUGAGACCAGUGUCUGAAUUAUGUAAGUUCAAACUGUGUUGAUGCUUACUGAUUCAUUUCAUCGCCAUUGAGCUGAACACUUUAUGGCAGCCACAUAACUUGCAGGAAAAAGAAAAAAAAAAAGAUUUUUGUAAUAUAAAUAAAAACAUUAAGACAAA